AUGUGGCGUAAUGAGAUGCAGAAGCCUACGACCCAACAUGUUUCACCUGAAUUAUUGAAGAGUUUUGACCCAGACCGUACUCGAUUGUUGUACAUGAAAGUAGAAGGAAACUAUUCUGAUGAACAACGAGAGACAGUUGUUCGUUAUCUCUACAGCAAACUAAAAGAUGAAGAUUGGUUGACAAUGCGAACUUAUCCGACCUGUCUGUUCUAUUUGAGAGAUAAUGGUGUUCCAGAUGAAGAUCUCAACUUAAGAGUACAGACCAUAAUAAGGAAUAUGCCCUUUACACUUCUAUGUUACCGAAGACGUUUCCCUGUUGAUAGACAAAACAUUGAAUUUAUUAUCCUACAAUCAACGCAUUCAACCUUCAGGAGCACAAUGUACAUCGUUUGUGAAGCGAUGUCGAAGUUCAAUGUUGAAAAACAUGUACCCGUCAUAAUCUUUUUCCUUAUAAUUCUUUAUAUACUCGUUCUGUGUCAAAUGAGCAAAUGA